AUGUCUCUAACUGAUGCUGAAUUGGCUCUCAAAAAGGCCGUACUGGAGGACACAAUGCAAUACACUCAAUUGUGUAGAAUUUGUUUGGUAACAGCUGAGAGAAACUUCAAAAAUAUGACGCGGGCUUGUUACAAUGAAAUACCCUAUUUUACAAUUUACUACGAGACUGUUGGCAAGAAGAUUAUUCCCUUUGGGAAGUUCUCACCACGGAUUUGUUCUUCGUGUGAAAUUGAAAUGCUGGAGGCGUACAAAUUUCGCAAGAAAUGCCUGUUCACGGACGAGAAGAUAAGCAAAUUGAUUGAACCAGAGAAACCUCCGGAAGAAACUACUCCUCAAUUGCAAUUUUUCAUUGAACCGGGAUCCCGGCCAUCGAUUAAGACGGAAAAUCAGCCAAUUGAUGUGGAUGCACUUGGAAGCUGUUCUGAGGGGAUUGCACGCAAUUCAUCAGAUAAUGCGGACAAAAUGAAAUUAGAAGGAGAUUCCAAACCCAAAGCUCGUCGUAAGAAGUUCCGCUGCAAAGUAUGCCGUGUAAUUUUUGAGGAAUUCGAGCUUUUCCGUGUUCACAAAUGCAUGUCAUGUGAGCCCAAGAUAAUCAAGGAUAUGAGGGCGAUUUACACGACGAAGAAAAAGGAAGCCGAGAAGAAUAAAGGGCUCAACAUUUCGAUGGAAGUGAAGAAGAAGCGACACAGAAAAAAGGAAGAGUAUACAUGUGAGAGAUGCGGUAAAGUCUGUACCAAUCGCCAGGGAUUCCUUCUGCAUAUGGACAAGCACAAUAACACAGCAAGAUACGAUUGUGAUCAAUGCGACAAAAAGUUCCGGCAUUGGCAAUCUCGUCGGACACAUAUCUACAGAGUUCACCUGAAGAAGCCAUUCUGCUCAUGCCCACACUGCGGGAAGAGUUUCUAUCAAAUUAAAUACAUGAAAACCCACAUCCAGGAGAAUCACUCGGAAGAACACCGGGGCUACCAAUGUGAGAAAUGUGGCAAGAAUUUCCAAACAAAAGCAGCUUUCACGGAUCAUCAGAAUAACCAUAAGGCGGCCGUUGAGUGCAAAAUCUGCGGAAAGAUGCUUAAAACACGGAAAACUUACUUUAGGCACUUGGAGACACACACCGGCGAGCGCAACUACGUCUGCCCCGUAUGUGAUAAGCGCUACACCUGCAAUUUUACCAUGAAGAAGCACGUUAAACGCACUCAUCCGGAUCACGUUCAUCUCCUACCCCCAGAAGGCACCAUUGUGAAUAAGAGAUACUUGAGGAAGUUCGGAAUGGAACCCGAUCCAGCUGAACAGUCUGAGGCACAAUUCAAUGAACUAGAUAAUCCCAUUGAAAUUGGCGAGUAG